CGUACUUUUCCGAAGUGUUUCUAAACCAGAGGAAGCAAGAAGGAAUAUUAUAUAUAAUAAAAAAUUAUAAUAUAUUAUAAAAUAUAUAUAUUUAAAAAAUGUUUUUUACGUAUUUGUAAUAAUAUCUGUGAAUAUUACCGUCAGACAAGCCUGAAGUUUAUUUAACAUUGGCAACCCCCCCCAAACAUAUUUUUUGUUGGUUGCUGUGCGGAUGAGGAUCUAAAAGUGGCUAGCAAUUUAGGCUAAUGUUAGUCACGAACGGGAUCAUCAUUUUGAGAUUUAUCAGCCAGUGAAGUAGCAAGCGUCUUGGCUAAAUCUUGAAUAAUUUCAGUGACUAUGGCGGAGGGAGCGGGGAUAAAUGCAUUUACCUCCAGGGUUACAAAAAGAGUUAGCAAUGUGAAUGUUGCUCCUGCACCCGCAAACAUGCGACGGAAAAGUCGACAACAAAGUCAAAGGCGGACUACACACAACCGGGUGGUUCUGGAGCGGGUCCUGGGCAUCACCACCUCUAACGGCAGUGGGCUGGCCUGUGACCCCAACACUGGCCUAGUGGCCUACCCAGCUGGGUGUGUUGUUGUAAUCCUGCACCCAAAGAAAAACAAACAGACCCACAUCCUCAACACUUCAAGAAAAACCUUCACUGCCUUGGCCUUCUCUCAGGAUGGAAAGUAUUUGGUCACUGGUGAGAGUGGUCACAUGCCCUGUGUGCGGGUUUGGGACGUGGCCGAGCAGGCCCAGGUGGCAGAGGUACAGUGCCAUAAGUACGGGGUGGCCUGUGUGGCCUUCUCAACCAACAGCAGCUACAUCGUGUCCGUAGGCUACCAGCACGAUAUGACCGUCAGCGUCUGGGAGUGGAGGAAGGGGACGGUGAUAGCGUCCAACAAGGUGUCUAGCAGAGUUCUGUCCGUCUCCUUCUCUGAAGACAACAGCUACUUCGUCACGGCAGGAAACCGACAUGUCAAGUUCUGGUACCUCGACGCCUCUAAAGAGAGACGGGUGAACAGCACGGUGCCUUUGAUUGGCCGAUCAGGAUUGCUAGGGGAACAGAGGAACAGCAUGUUCUGUGGUCUGUCGUGUGGGCGGGGCAACAUGGCCAGCAGCACCUAUUGCAUCACUUCCUCUGGCCUGCUGUGUCAGUUCAACAGCAGGAGGAUGCUUGACGCCUGGGUGGACCUCAAGACCACCUCUGCUCGCUGUCUGUCGGUGAACGAAGUGUUUAUCUUCUGUGGCUGUGCAGAUGGUACCGUCCGCCUCUUCAGCCCCCAGAACCUUCAUUACAUCACCACCCUGCACCGGCCACACUGCCUGGGAGUGGACGUCACACAGGGCCUUCAGCCAGGGCAUCUUUUUGUUGCCGACCCCAAGGCAGAAUACCCAGACACCCUAGCCUUGACCUUUGACCCUGUAACCCGUCACCUGACCUGUGUGUACAACGAUCACAGCGUGUACGUCUGGGACGUCCGUGACAUCAAGAAUGUAGGGAAGGUCUACUCUGCCCUCUACCACAGCGGCUGUGUCUGGAGUCUAGAGACAUAUCCUGACAUGGAUCUGUCCUGCUCCUGUCUGCCCCCUGGGUCUUUCCUCACCUGCUCUUCAGACAACACCAUCCGGCUGUGGCACAGCGACCCGGGACUGGUGCAGGGAACCAGCUGCCUGCGUAACCUCUACAGCCACGAUCUGUUGAGGAUUGUGUAUGUGGGGGAGGAUACCCAGCACCUUCAGACGGAUGGGGAGAGAGGAGAGGGGGGCGGGAUGGACGCCAAGUCAGGGAUCAGAGUCCUGGGCAUCAGUCCUGAUGGACAACAUCUGGCGGCUGGAGACCGCAACGGAAACGUACAUAUAUUUGGUCUACAGUUCAUGGAUCAGCUGCAGAAGAUUGAAGCCCACGACUCUGAGGUUCUGUGUCUGGAGUUCUCCCCUGCAGAGACGGGGCUUCACCUGCUGGCGUCGGCCAGUCGAGACCGUCUCAUCCACAUCUUCAACAUGGAGAAGAGCUACAGUCUGGAGCAGACCGUCUAUGACCACUCUGCCUCCAUCACCGCUAUCAAGUUCACUGGAGUCAGCCCAGAGGUCCUCAUGGUGAGCUGUGGUGCUGAUAAGAGUAUCUACUUCCGCACUGCUGAACAGUCUUCGGAGGGUCUGAACUUUGCCCGUAGUCACCACGUAGUAGAGAAGACCACUCUGUAUGAUAUGGACCUGGACGCUACACACACACACACCGCCAUCGCCUGUCAGGACCGGAAUAUCAGAGUGUACAACGUGAAGAGUGGCAAGAUGAAGAAGUGUUUCAAAGGUUCUACAAGUGACGACGGAACACUGCUGAAGGUUCAGAUGGACCCCGCUGGAAUAUACCUAGCAACAAGCUGCUCUGAUAAGAGCAUCUGUAUCUUUGACUAUGAGUCAGGAGAGUGUGUGGCCACCUUGUUCGGUCACUCAGAGAUUGUGACUGGGAUGAGGUUCAGCCAGGACUGCAGACACCUUAUUACCAUAUCUGGAGACAGCUGUGUGUUCCUGUGGAGGCUGGACUCCCAGAUGACUAACUCUAUGAGGAAGAGACUGGCUGAGAGGAAACGGACAGCUGGAGUGACGACUACCGCCAAUGUUCCGACCAAGGAGCAUCUUAUCCGGAGAGAGACCUUCAUCACUGUGCCAUUGGGCCACCUCCCCCAGGCAGGAGAGGAAGAGGAGGAAGAUGAUCCCAGGACUCCUGCUAGAUGUGACAUCACUCAUGACAUCCUUGCUCUAGACCCCAUGGUUCCACAGACCAACGGCAAACUGCCCAUGUGGGCCAGGAAACUGGGUCCCACAGCAGGCACCACUGUUCUCCCUGCCGAGCUCCAGCCAGCACACCUCCAGCCGCGCGGGCGCUGGGCAGAGCAGCUCAACCCCCUGGCCAUCCGCUCUGUCCUGGAGACACACAGCCUGCAGCGCCCUCUCUCCCCCACCCCCCGCAGAGCAGAGGGACCAGGAGAGGAGGAGGAGGAGGAAGAUGAGGAGGAAGAUUCAUACUUCCACCCUCAAAGCCUGGACAGCCUGCUUGGAGAGGAGGAGGAAGAUGUGGCAGUGGUGGUGGAGGAGGAGGAAGAUGUGGAGGAGGAGGAAGAUGUGGUGGAGGAUGACGACAACGAAGAUCAGGGUUCUGGGUCUCUUCAGAGGCCUGGGUUCCUGGCCCUACCGGACGGUGAUGACAUGUUUGGUCCAGGCCUCGGUAGCUACGUUCUUUACCCGGCUAACAGCACCACGCUGUCCACUGGAGGAGGAGAGGGUGAGUUUGGCCAGCGGCAGCAGGGCUGGGGAGGAGAGGACGAGCUGAGUCCAGACAGCGCCUGUUGUGUUGGUUCUGCAGAGAGCCAGGACCAACCCCAGGAUGAUACUGACUCCCUGAGCCAGGUGAGUUCUACAGGUAGUUCUGGAGUGGAGGAAGAGGAGGAAGAUCCACAGACACUCCUUAGACAACACUUUGACACCAUGGCCAACCACCUGAGCAACGAGGAGAGGUUUGAGACUGACCUGUCCAGUCUGCAGUCUCCACCCAUAGAGACAGAGAGCCUCUUCCUCAACCCCCGAUUCAGCAUCUCUACACGCUUCCUGUCUCGUUUCCAGAGCCGACUCCGUGGUCCUGGUUCUGCCCUGCGUCCUGCUCCUCUCCCGCCCAGCAUCACCGAGGAGCCCAGCAGCCACUCCUCUCCUGACCCGACCCCCUGCCUCAACACUACUCAGGCCAACUCCAAGCAGUUUGUUGUGAGCAGUACUACAGAAUCUGUUCAAGAGGAGAGCCAGAACCCUGAUGUGUCCGAUAAAACCCUGAGGUCUCAGUCUAGUGGUCCGUCAUCAUCAUCCGGCUCCACCCUCAAACCCUCCCAGCCCGGCCUGGACAAGGAGCCCCUGCCCCGGCUGCCUCGCCAGCGUUACAUGGGCACCACCACCAGCUCCAGAGCCAAGAGGUCCCAGGGUGAGGGCCUGAACAUCUCCCCGACUGAGGAGCACCCUGCUGGGGGGAAGAUCAUGGAGGCGAGCGCCUCAUCCCUCCAGGACCUCCAGAACGUUACAGACCCGGAGUGCAAGGAGAAUCUGCCGCCCCCUGUAGUCCCGCCCCCUGUAGUCCCGCCCCCUGUAUCCCACACCACCACCCCUUCCUCAGUGGAGCCUCCUGCUCCUGCCAGCCAGCCUCCCUCCGUCCCUCCUUCUCCUGCGGGGAACCACAGAGCCAGAGCAGCUCUCCACCUGGACCUGGCUGUGCCCUCUGACCCCCCCACCCUAACCUUCCCUCUGGCCUCCCACAAGUCCCAGAGGAGGUUUGGAGACUCGACCCGUCCGACCCGCCACGCCUUGGUCACCCCAACUGAGAUGCGUUCUCUUGGGAAGGAGGCGAAGAGGUGCCUCCGUAACAUGGAGGACAGCUUGGUGCCACGGGGAGGAUUACCAGGGCUCCGCAGCAGCCCGGCCCCCACCACGUCUCCGGCCCCCCAUCUGUGCCCAACCCUCCCUCAGGCCCAGCUCACUGAGAACCCCUCCCAUCUGCCCCAGCUGCAGCAGGCUAGCGAUAGUCCUGUCUCUGGUUCUGCCUGUUCCUUCCCUCUCCACGGUGACUCUGGUCUCCACGGUGACUCUGGUCUCCACGGUGACUCUGUAGAGGAACCCCUGAACCUUCAGAUGUGUCACCAGGUGGCCAACGAGUUGAGGCACACCAUGAGAAGAGCCGUCACAUUCUACAACAAGGUCUGCUGUAUGACAGACAGCCCAGAGCAGCAGGGCCAGAUGUCGGCCAUUUUAAAAGAGGCAUUUUGUGUGGCGCAGACGGAGCUGGCCUCUGUGUUUCCUUCGGGUCAGAGGUCAGCAGCAGGUCACAGCGCCCCCUGUCCCCUGGAGGACUCUCCAGGUCGCCAGCUGAGAGACGACCGGACCGUGGCUCUAUUAGAGAAAUACUCUGAGAUGCUGCUGUUCAUUGCUGAGAAGAAGAUGGACAGUAGCUAGUUGAUGGGUUUGACUAGAUGGGAUGCCCCGCUAAUAUCAGAAGUUACUUUUCGUAGCAGGUUAGGGGAAUUAGGUUAAGGUUAGGAAAAGUUAUCCCUGGAUGCGACUCGAAUAUGCACGUUUUAAUAGACAUGACCCUAGCUGAUGGAGGAUGAGACAAGACGUCCUUACGCGAAGCAAAUAUUAACUAACCAGAUGUGAGCAAUUAGAUGCUUUCACUUCUAACCAGACUGUUUUCAAUAGCAUCCUGUCUCUUCUCACCAGACUGUUUUCAAUAGCAUCCUGUCUCUUCUCACCAGACUGUUUCAAUAGCAUCCUGUCUCUUCUAACCAGACUGUUUUCAAUAGCAUCCUGUCCCUUCUAACCAGACUGUUUUCAAUAGCAUCCUGUCUCUUCUCACCAGACUGUUUCAAUAGCAUCCUGUCUCUUCUCACCAGACUGUUUUCAAUAGCAUCCUGUCUCUUCUCACCAGACUGUUUUCAAUAGCAUCCUGUCUCUUCUCACCAGACUGUUUCAAUAGCAUCCUGUCCCUUCUAACCAGACUGUUUUCAAUAGCAUCCUGUCCCUUCUCACCAGACUGUUUUCAAUAGCAUCCUGUCUCUUCUCACCAGACUGUUUUCAAUAGCAUCCUGUCUCUUCUCACCAGACUGUUUUCAAUAGCAUCCUGUCUCUUCUAACCAGACUGUUUUCAAUAGCAUCCUGUCUCUUCUAACCAGACUGUUUUCAAUAGCAUCCUGUCUCUUCUCACCAGACUGUUUUCAAUAGCAUCCUGUCUCUUCUCACCAGACUGUUUUCAAUAGCAUCCUGUCUCUUCUAACCAGACUGUUUUCAAUAGCAUCCUGUCUCUUCUCACCAGACUGUUUUCAAUAGCAUCCUGUCUCUUCUCACCAGACUGUUUUCAAUAGCAUCCUGUCUCUUCUCACCAGACUGUUUCAAUAGCAUCCUGUCUCUUCUCACCAGCCUGUUUUCAAUAGCAUCCUGUCUCUUCUAACCAGACUGUUUUCAAUAGCAUCCUGUCUCUUCUAACCAGACUGUUUUCAAUAGCAUCCUGUCUCUUCUCACCAGACUGUUUUCAAUAGCAUCCUGUCUCUUCUCACCAGCCUGUUUUCAAUAGCAUCCUGUCUCUUCUCACCAGCCUGUUUUCAAUAGCAUCCUGUCUCUUCUCACCAGCCUGUUUUCAAUAGCAUCCUGUCUCUUCUCACCAGACUGUUUUCAAUAGCAUCCUGUCUCUUCUCACCAGCCUGUUUUCAAUAGCAUCCUGUUCCUUUUAACCAGACUGUUUUCAAUAGCAUCCUGUCUCUUCUCACCAGACUGUUUUCAAUAGCAUCCUGUCUCUUCUAACCAGACUGUUUCAAUAGCAUCCUGUCUCUUCUCACCAGACUGUUUUCAAUAGCAUCCUGUCCCUUCUCACCAGACUGUUUUCAAUAGCAUCCUGUCUCUUCUCACCAGACUGUUUUCAAUAGCAUCCUGUCUCUUCUCACCAGCCUGUUUUCAAUAGCAUCCUGUUCCUUUUAACCAACAGCACCUUUUUUUUAAACCUGACCGGACGACUGUCUCUGUAUAUUAGAAUGUUUAUUUAGAUGAGUUUUAAACCCCAUACUUUCAGUGAAAUGUUUAGCACCUCAUUAGAGACUGACUGAAAUACGUCACUGGUAAACACACGCUUCACAAUCUAGUUUAAAGUUUCCAAGUUGUUUAAAAUCUUUUAGCUUUGUCUUAUUUUCCUAUUUAUCUUAAUUAAUGGAUGUUUUAUUUCAUGUUUUCUUUAUUUUUUGCUUAUUACUUUGUUUUG